CUACACUUUCAUUGCACUUGUCGAUGUCGUUACCCCCCCCCCCCUCUUAUUAGUGAAUUGAUCAGGAUCUUGCACCCAUUGCCCCAGGCCCACUGACUGCACCGACCGAUAAUAUGGGUUUAUUGUUCAUGACCUUUUUAUAUGUCGAGUGAGUCAGUUAUGAAUGGCUAUUAGUAGCAUUGUCAAUGGGCGCUGGUAUCACUUACUUAUCAGUAUACAAAAUUACAGAUUUUUGAAGCGUACCGACUAGUUUAAGAUCAAUAUAUUGAUAUCGGGCAUUGCUUUCUUGGCUUGAUCCGAAGCUCUGAUUGGCAGAAGCGCGAACUUCAGCUCAACUUGGUUGGGUGUAUUUUCAGCUGUCAUUUUACCCCAGAGUGUGAUGUUGGGUCAUGAGUGGACAGAGCUCUGCGCCAGAAGGCAGUGAGGAGCCGACAGCACCACCACGGCCACAGCAGGCUCAGAAGUGGUGGGAGGCCAUGUGGUGUCCCAACAGUGCCGGUGCACAGUUCUGCUUUUUUCUCUGCUGUGUGUUCUCGGUCUUCUCUGCAGUUAGUCGCAGCCCCUUUCUGCUGGCCCCCCUGGUGCCUUCCCAGCCAGCAGCUCCUUUCUUCGGUCAGCAUGACCCGGUGGCAGACUACUUCACCGGUGAUACACCGGCAAUGCUGAAGAGAGCAGCCGCCAGCCAUGCCAGCGUGCUUUUCUUCUAUGCUCCGUGGGACAGUGCCAGUCAGGCUGCUCGGGUUGAGAUCCUACAGGCAGCACAUGUGCUGAGUGGUCAGGUGGACGUCCUCGCCAUCAACUGCUGGCAUGUUACCGGAGAGUGUCGCAAGAAAAUAAAGAACAUCGCCGCUUUCCCGCUGGUUAUAGUCUCACUCCGGCACGGACGAGGCGUGCAGUACUCUGGCCCACUGGAGGCCGCCCGACUGGUUCGGUUCGUUCAGCGUGUGCUGCGGCCGCUCAAACGGCUAGAGACGGCUGCCGAUCUGGCCCUGCUGCAGGCUGCUAGCACGACGAUAGCGGUGGGCUACACCCCGUUCGUCGAGGGCCGUCCGCCGGCCUCCUACUUCAGUCUGCUGCGAGCCGCCCUACUCAGCCUAGAGGAGCGGCCGGGGGCCGACCUGGCCUGGGCAGUGGUCACUAACGCGCGAGCUGCCGCCCGACUGAGGCUACAUCACCCCGGUGGACUGGCCGUGGUGAAUUGGAACGGCACCACGGUUUUGAAGCAGCCGCCGAGCGGCGCGCUCACGGCGGAGCUGAUGAAAAGCUAUGUUUCGAUGCGCCGCCGCGAGAUGGCAGGCUGGCUGGAGUUGCCCGACUCCAAGUCCAACACGCUGCGUGUGGUGCUGUCUGGCGGCGCGACGCUGCUGGUUUUUGACCGUCGCAGACCUCUAGCGCCCGCCGCCGAUCUACAGGCGGUCUCAGCGGUUCGACGCGUGUGGCUGGACUACAACAACUGUAACAGCUCCGAGGCCGUCACCAAACUGGGAAAGAUCCACCACACCAUAUACAAAACUCUGAUGCCCAAGGAGCAGCAGCAGGUAGCCGCGUGUCUACGAUGGACGGACAACGGAGAUGCCCCUGGCACAGCCGCAGAGCCAGACAGGACACACGCGGACGUAAGCUCGGGGCAACCUGGCAGUGAGGAUGGAGAGCUGAGCAGUGGAGAAGAACUUGACAGUAAGACAGAACGUCAAGACAGCCAAACUGGAGAGAAUAAUAAUGCGCCAAUUCAACAGGACAGUGAGCCAAGCCAGGAGGAGAGCACUUCAGGCCAACAGGAGAGUUUAUCUGACGAGCAGGAAAGCUUGUCGGACCAGCAGGAGGACAGCGACUACCGCGCACAGUCGUCCAAAGCGGCCGGUAGCUCUACCCCACCGAGAGACUUCAUUCAUCCUGAUCCCGGGCUGCGUGACCUGGUGUGGCAGCAGAGUUUAUCCCACUGCCGCGGUCUGCUACUGGACCUGCAGCAACACGGACAGCAUGUCCGAGGACAGCGGGAUCAGGAACAGAAGUCUGAGGAGAAAGUGGUUCCUGUCAACAUCACAGGUUUACACUGCGCUACCAACCGCACUCUCUCCAUCUACCUAUUGGACUCUGUGCGCCACGCGGCACUCGUACGGAGGCUGGGCCUGACACCGGGCGGCGCCGGAGCCGUCAUACUGGAUGCAGAGGCGGAGAGUCAGUACGUGCUAGACGGCCCGGUGACUACUGACUCAUUGAGUCAGUUUGUGGCCGACUACACGGCCGGUCGACUGACUCGGACUCUGGUAUCUCGAGCUAACAACCUUGAAAGCGAAUGCAGCGACGACGAUGAAUGCUGCCCCUCAUCGGCACCGAAGGCUUCGGUGGAUAGUGGUUUCAGCUCACCGCAUUGGGACUUUGAAACCGUCCCGGCCAGUGAUGGUAAAGAAGACAGUGAUGAUGUAGAAAGGACGUCAGAUCGUGAUAAACCGUCAGCGGCAGAUGAUGUAGCGAGCGACGGAACCUGUGUAAAACCGUCACAGGUGACGUAUGGUGAUGUGACAUCACAGUGUGACGUUUUAUCACAUUGUGAUGAUGUGACGGCGAAUGGAGAAGCGAGGACUGAGGAUCUUUGGUCGGAAGCUGUACGAAGGCCGACUGUUCGACCCCUGGUGGGUCCGACGGAGCUUACCUCGGAAACGUUUAAACAAGUGGCGCUUAACAGUAGUGAGGACGUGAUAGUAUAUUUCUACUCUGUUGGCUGCGGCCACUGCACUGCGUACUACCACGUGUUUCUGGCCGCCAUGCGGCUGUUCACAAACUCAGGGUUGCGGUUCGCGCGGAUAGAUGGCGCUGCCAACGACCUGCGCUGGGAGUUCUCACUGGAGACCUUCCCAACAAUUAUGUAUCUUCCUGCUCAAAGGAAAUCCGAGAGCCGUGUGUUCCCGGCGGACCUACCCAUCACCCUCGGGUACGUACUGCGAUUCAUCCUGGCCAACGCCAGCAGCUCAGUCCGACACGCAUUCUUCUACAGUCAAUGUGACGCGGCGUGUCGCGCAACUACAGCUUACAAAACACGCCGACAGGCGGCGCUAGUGCGGCGGCGGCAGCUGAGUGGUGCGAGACGGACACUAACGCGACACACGGCAGAAUUGGCGAGGCUGCGACGAGCGUUACUUGCUACAGCGAGAACUGAGCUGGAUGGUGUAUGACGUUACAUAGGGAAACGUCUUUAUUGCGGUUGGGUGAAGUGAACGGGGGUACGUUAUUUUGGUUCCCGGCCGUGCAGCGAAGUGUUCCAUUGGGGAUUAGCAGUGCUGUUCGCGGAAACAUUCGAGAACUAUUACCAUCAAUGAAGGCGAACGUCAAAGGCGUGAGAAUACUGCCAUCACAAGCUCUGUAACGUCAUACAUCACUGUCGUCUGACGUCACGACCGCACAUCACGCCCAUCACUUCCGUCGGCGCCACUAGAAGCAGCACCUGUCAAUCCAGGUCGAGACUCAUUCCAUACGGGACAGUCUUCCAUCAGCUACAGCUCAGCCCCGGCAGUGUCCUGUACCUGGACAGCCGACUGGUUGAACUUUUAGCUAGCGGGCCGAUCAAGUUGUUGGAUUUCGGGCUGGCUAGCUGACUGCCUAGAGUUAGCUGACUAACAAGCUGGCUGCUUCGACUUUUAUGCGAUUGGCUGACUCGUUGAAUAGCUGACUGGAUAGCUGGCUAGCUAGCUAGCUGGCUGGCUAGACUUCUGGCUGACUAGCUGAUUCAACGUUUGCACAAAGCUGUUCGACUUGCUGGACGUCCAGCCGUACGACAGUCCACCCUGAGCUUCUUCCAGACUAGUUAGGUACUACCUCAGCGCCCGCUUAUGUCGGGUGCCCAUGGCGGCUGUAGGCGAGGGAAUGUAAGAAAAAGCUUGGCACCGAAUCCCGCCGUUUGCUCGAAGCUGUCAUACUGAUGCCAGGCCGGGUUGAAAGCUUGACUGCAGGCUGUGGCUGGGGACGAAAACGCGUGAUCUUUCGGUGGUUUAAUGGUCAUUGAAGCGAACGAUAUUGCCACCGGUGAUGUAUGCGUGAGGAUAUUGCCGUCCAAUUCCACUUGGGCCUGGCCUGUGGGAGUCAUUUUGACGCUAAUUCCGAUCGGGUUGUAUGUUUAGGGAAGCUCUGACGGUUUGUGAAGCGGACCAAGUGUGGCUUGUCAGCCCUGUUGCGCUUAGCGGUUUUCUAGCUCGAGGGGUGCCGGAUGGAAGGCGAGUGGCUAUGUGAAGACUGGGUCGUGUGAACACCGGGUUUCGGUCUGGUCAAAGCCGUUCUGAAGUGACAAGGUGGCGGGUGUGGUGAACAUAUUUUUUCGGGAUAACUCCCGGCAGCCACUCGGGCAUUGCGAUGGGGGUUCUCAUGAGAGUUUCGUGGUGGAUUCCGAUCACAGAUCGACGCAGGGAUGCGUUGGGCUACGUGUUAACUGGAGGCACUACUGUGAUAUCUACCACAGGCACGUAUUUUUCACACCAUGGCACAGUGUUGUUGACUGUUUAGUUUUGAGUUUGUGGGGCUAGCACUUAUUAGGAUGCUUCGUAAUAUCAAUAUCAACUUUCCUCUAGCAGGGAAGAUAUAGGCUUUCCUCUGAAGUGGAAGACACCGGCUUUCCUCUAGCAGGGAAGAUAUCGGCUUUCCUCUAGCAGGGAAGAGACUAGUUUGUGCCGAGUUUUGCCAGUUCAUCGGCCAGCGAUGCGAAACGCAUGUGUGACGGGGCCAGCUCAGGUUUUGCCUUUGGUAUCUAUUAUCGCAUCGAUCUGAUGUGGGCUAUUUCUGGCGAUAUUUGGGGUUUCCAAGGGCAUUUGCCUGCCACGAACUACGGUGGUAGGCCUACUUAUGGGUGGCUAAUGAUUUGUUAAGUUAUUUACGAAGACAUUUAUAUUAUUUCUGUGACUGAUAUGGCUUGUUUGGUAUAUAAUAAAUGUUCACAAUGCA